CAGGUAUGCUUUUGGAGUCUGCCAUGAUCAUGGAGCACUAUGGAAACUAAGGGGAUUUAAGACCAGUACUGGCAAACCCAUUCAACAUCAGAAAUUGAUCGAAUCUCUUUUAGAAGCCAUAACCAAACCAUCGAAGCUAGAGAUUGUUAAAUGUCAAGCGCACACAGGAAAACAGGAUCCUGUUAGCAAAGGAAAUGAAUUAGCUGACCACUUUGCUAAAAAGGCUGCAUAUAAUAACACACCAAUUUCUUUAUUCCAACAGAGAAAUGACCAGGACCCUGAUAACCAAAUUAUUUCUUUACAGAGUGCAGCCACGGACAUCGAAAAAAGAAAAUGGUCCAAAGAAGGGUCCCUUUCUGAUGGAGUCUGGACUCAUAAACACACUAACAAAUCUUUUCUCCCAAAAGCCUCUUUCCCAGGAAUGGCAAAAAUAGCCCAUGGCCUCGAUCACGCAGGUAGAGAUGCCAUGGUUCGAGAUGUUGAAAAACAUUGGGAAGCUGUAGGUUUCUCUACAUAUGCAGAGCAAUUUUGCAGACGCUGUGCAUUAUGUCAGAAGCUUAAUGUAGGAAAGGGCACCCAGGUAAGUCCCGCCGUUACACCUAACCCAAUGGGUCCGUUUGAACAUCUCCAAAUGGAUUUCAUUGAACUAACACCGUCUAAAGGUUACCGUUAUUGUCUAGUAAUUGUUGAUGUGUUCUCCCGAUGGGUAGAAGCUUUCCCUUCAAAACACAACAAUGCCAAAACAGUAGCUAAAGCAUUAAUCAAAGAAAUCAUCCCUAGGUGGGGCAUACCCCAGAAAUUGCAAACAGAUAAUGGCACUCACUUUGUGAAUUCCAUUAUAAAUGAAUUAACUACCUGGCUCCAAAUCAAUGUGCACCAUUAUUGUAAAUACCAUCCCCAAAGCGGAGGCAUCGUAGAACGAUGCAAUGGCACCUUAAAAGCUAAGCUCGCAAAAAUUUGUGAACAAACUAAUUUAUCAUGGCCGGAUGCACUACCCUUGGCUUUAAUGGGAUUGAGAGGACGGACACACCGACAAUUGGGACUAUCGCCGUCUGAAAUUCUGACCGGACGUCCCAUGCCCGUUGGCAUGGUUGUAGGUAAUGUGAGUUUGCAUACUGUGGACAAUGAUCUUCUCUCUAGUCUUGCAGGUCUCCGAACCUCAUUGAAGGACGUCCACCAGCAGGUUAAUCAGGCCUGGAGGACCAGCCCACCUUCUAAGGAUUCACCAAUUCCCUUGGGCACCUGGAUCCUGGUUCAAGACACUCGGAGGAAACACUGGCAUCAGCCUAGGUGGAGAGGACCAUUCCAAGUUCUUCUGUCCACAUCACACGCUGUGAAAGUUGAAGGAUUGCCCGCCUGGAUUCACGCUUCACACUGCAAAAGAUGGCAUCCCUAACAUUCAUACUCAUU